GCCCGGGUGAGGUUUUGGGCAGUCAGAGUGGCUGCAAAAGAAGUCAAGAGUGGCAAGUGUUUGCAGUAAUUGCGUUGCCGUGAAGUUUAUGCUGAUAUGGCUGCAGGCAUGUGUGUACCACUACUGAUGGUUCUUUUCAGCACCGUCAUGCUUCACUCUGUGUCAGCUGGAGGUGUGUAUUGUGCUAAAACAGCCAGAGCCCGUGCAGCUGCCCUGGGUUUGGAUUUUCCUGGGGCCUAUGGAGCCCCUGAUCUCCAUGGACCAGCCCCCCACAGGAUGCCGUUUGGUCCUCAGCCUUACGAUGACAGUGAUCCUGAAUUGGAUGAGACUGGACCUAACGUGGCCUCCUACAGUCAAAGUCAACCAGAAGUGCGAUCCCUACAUGACAGGAUACAGAAACAGGCUCACCCCAGGAGUUGGCAUGGCACUUACAGUCCAGUUCAAAGUGACUACACCACCGACCAAGUGCUUAGCCCUCCCAGAGGACGCUCAGUUAUUAACCGCAAGUCCAAUUUUGAGGAGGUCAAGCAUGUUGCCCCCCCAACUCUGACUGCAGCCCGGGGCCAGCCUGACCUUGUGAAUUGGGAUCCUCAAGGUCGCAACAAGCCGCUCUCAUUUGUCUACAACGAGCACGACCUUGCUGUUGACGAGUCUGUCCCAAAUAGACGUGGCACGUCUCUGAGUGGGCUCUCCCUGCCCAGAAGCAGGGGUCACGGUGCUCACCAGAGGGGUCUAACUGGAAACGGCCCGGGAAGAGGAGUCCCUGUCCUCGGUUCAUCCGGCAUCACCGACAAAGACCGCGUCAGAGCGAUGACUAGAAGUGCUGCUGUCGGUAGACUGAACAGGAUUAGGUUCUCUGGCCAUCUUGCUCAGCCGCUGCGCAGACGCCUCAAUGUCAAACAAUUUUUUCAAGGUAACCCCGCCCUGAGACAUCUGACGAGAAGCGAAAUCAGGUCCAGUUAGAAUAAGUCACUGAGCUAAAGGGUCUGACACAUAGCCUGGCUGUCUUGUCAAAUCCUGUGAGGGGUUCUUAAAGUUAACAGGCGAGCAUUUUGUGAAGGGAAAAACAAUGAUUUCAGAAUCCAUUUGUCUGGUUUUCUCUAACCUUUACUGCAAGAAACAAUGUCCAACUUAUCUGUGUACAAGCUCCUGCAUUGUUGCUUCCUCACCUGUAGCUCUAAGACAAGUCACAGCUUACAUUCUCUCCUGAAUAUAAAACUACUAAUGGUUAUA